GUAAACAAAUCUCCUUGGGUUUCCCUGUCACUGCUGAUCCAGUUUUGCAUGAAAUGACUAAACUUUCCAUAAAUGUUCCUAACGCAUCACCUGAGCUCCUGAACAGAGCUGGUUGAAGAAGCUUUCAUCAGCAGGAGCGAUUAAAUAAUGUGGCUACAAAGUGUCAUCCCCUUCAUUGGGAUUCUCCUUUUGUUUCAGAGGACCACUGCUUAUCUGACACCUCAGCAGUACCACCACGUCGACAUCGCCCUGACCUGGUAUGAAGCUCAGAGCUUCUGCAGACUCAAGUUCACCGACCUGGCCACUGUGGACAACAUGAGCGUCAAGAACGAGCUGGUCAGUGUGCUGGGCAGUCAUGUGACAUACAGCUGGAUCGGGCUUCGGAAAGGAACGACUCCCAGGUGGAUGUGGUCCGAUGGCAGGGGCAGAGCGCACUUCACCAAGUGGGCUGAAGGUGAACCGAACAACGUAGGAGGUGAUGAGGAUUGUGCCGAGAUGGUUGCGGAUGGCUUGUGGAUAGACAUACGGUGUGGAGAGGACAAAGGUGUUAUGUGUUAUGACCGCCUGCAGGACGGCAAGCAAGCGUAUGUGUAUUACUCACAGAGGAGAACCUUUGUUGACAGCCAGGAGUUUUGCAGAAGUAGGCACACUGACAUGGCCUGUGCAAGCACUGAGGCGGAUAAUUCACAGAUUUCCAGUACUGCCGGAACAUCAGAAAGCAACAAAGUGUGGAUCGGUCUGUUCAAAGAUGCCUGGAUGUGGUCAGAUGGAAAAGAAACCUCCUUAAGGUUCUGGCUGAGUGGCUCGCAGUCUUGGGGAGACUGUGCUUCUGUUGCAGUGGCACAGCAGGGACGCUGGAUCGGAGCUGAUUGUAACCAGAAGGCCACGUUUGUCUGUCAGGGCGGUCUUAAGGUAAAGAAGAGGGUAAUAAGGCUGAAGCUGCACUCUGAUGUUGACCUCACUGACUCCACACUCAGUGAUGAACUCCUGAAAAAGUUGGAGACGAUCCUGAGAGAACAGCAGCUGACUGAUUUCCAUCUCAGCUGGCGAAGUGACAAAAAUUCACUCAUCUUCCAUCGUCAUGAGCAGUCGGAGGUCGCAGAGAGACAGGAUCCUAAUUGUCAAGCAGAAGUGCUCAUGUUGUAGGGGGUUAAAAUUAUUUGAAUUUUGCUGUUGAAGAAUAAGAGUGAUCAUUUCAAUAAUGUAUCUAGCUUGUGUGUAAAUUACUUAUAUACCUGACCUUCUUGCUCAUGUUGAAGUGGAAUUUAGAAGAACCGAUUAAGUCUGUGCUGUGAUCUACAUCUGCAAAUACUCUCUUUUGUUUCAAACAUUUACAACUUUGCUUAAUGCAUGUGAGUGAAUUUAUUGUGGUGGUCAAUUUUAAACCUUUUAUUGAUUUUGUGAAGGAUAAGAAUCUAUUCAAUGUGGAGUUAAUAGAGUUUUUAAUUCAGUGGUAACAGGAAGGACUCUAAAUGUGAAUUGUGAUUAUCCAUGUUUUGAUGCCAGAAUGUCAAUCAUAAACCAUGCGGUACUAAAGAAAAAACUAUA